AUGGAGGGAAUCUUUCAAAAAUGGUUGCAAAAUUGCAACAAAUUCACAGUUGCAAAGUGCAGAAUACGCAGUAACACUUUUCUAUCGCAUUUCACACAAUUAAUCACAACAAAACACUUUUCAGAAUCUUGCAUGAGCGGAUAUGGCAAACCUGGACAUAUGAAACAAACCAUAGCCACUAAACUUAUACUUCGUGUGCAAUCCAUAACACACGAUACGCCCAAAUGCCAAAUAGAUAAUUUGCUAUCUGAUAUAGCAUCAAAUAUUGUUGACUAUGAACCGUAUGAGUUAAUCGAUUUAACUUAUUUUCUUACUCGGCUUAAUAGACACGGGUGUCAAGAAGCUGCAUUACCUUUACUCCACCGCUUUUUUUCCCUACCUGAUCGAAAUUCUUAUGCAAAUGGCGUUUACGUUCACCGACUAUUAAGAUCAUUGUUCAUAUUCCAGGAUGCUGUAUAUAGAGAGUGGAUUUAUGAAAUAGCGGAUUUAGUAGGAUCGAGGCAUUCACACUUACUAAUGCGAGAUUUGCAGCUGAUUAUUGAUGAUUUGUCACUAUUUUAUGAUGCUAAUGCCCAGCAUGUCUUAUCUAAUUUUGAGCAAUCAAUUGUGGCGCGUGCCGCAGAGAUUGAAUUGUUCCGCAUCCCUUUUUUUAUCCAUUCUUUAGGCCGUAGUGGAUACUCAAGUUUAGCUGUUGCUAAAGCAUUGUUUGAUGCUAUGGACGGGUGUCAUAUUGGCAGUGAUUACUACCGUUACGAGUCGUUAGGACUGAUUUUGAAAGGAUAUGGCAAUUUCAAAUUCCACCCAGGAACCAAAUUCCUUAAGAAAAUAGGGCACAGUAUAAAUGAAGCACUGGAUACUGUUGACUUUAAGUAUUUGAGUUGGUCUGCUGAAGGUUUAUUGCGCAUGAGACAUUUUUCCCCAGCAUACACUAUUUUGGAUGAAAUUAUUGCAAAUGUGAACAAUUUAUCCCAUCUUGAACUUACAGACUUGGAGGCUAAUCUGUGGCAUAUACAAUCCUUUCUUAUAUCUACUAGACUCAAACAACAUAUAUUACCCGGAUGUAUUUGGCAGGAGAAUGCCCAUACUAGAAUUGAUGGUUCAUUAAUUGAAGUUGAAAUAGAUUAUAGUGAUGAAAAUAUGGUGAAGUUAUACGAGUACUACCAAAAGAUCAUGCAAAUUAUAAAGGACAAAUUGACCGAACAUAUUUAUGAAUGUACUCCACCGUACCGAGCAUCACAAUUCGAGUUACUCACGCGCAUAUUAGAUUUUUGUCCUUAUCCACGUGACUUCAGAAUAAAUCUACCCCUUUCCAAAUAUGACAUGACUUAUCCAAUACUGAAUGAUAAUGUUACUGGUGAGCCUGUUGAAAUAUUUACAGUAUAUCAUUUCAACACUGGCACUGUUGAAUUGUUGGCGUCUAAUAAACUUACUGACCUAAACCCUAACACUAAUAUUAUACCAGAUCUAUCGCCGCUUCCCUUGCAACUAAAAACAUAUUUGCAUGCCCUCGUCUUUAGGACACCAGCAUUAGCUCCCAGGGGCCUAAGAUUAUUUCUACACGGACUGGUAAGAAUCAGAUUCGAGGAAAGAGAGUCGUCGGUUAUUGACAAGGAGUUGAUCCCUGAGCUUAAAAGCCAAUACCACACUAGACCCCUAUCUAAGGCCUUAAUUCGCGAGUUUAGGAGGAAAUUGAUUUCGUUUAACCCGGAUGAUCUGAUAGUAAGUAUUUUUUGUGCUGGUCAACUAAAACUAUUUGUACUAGACCUCCAGCUUCUAAAUGAGAUAGAGAAACAUAUUGAAUGGUUAGCUACUGAGAAGAGGUUAAAUGAUCAACAGUUCAGAUUUGCAAAAAUGGCCAUUAGGUACGCACAGCAGCACAUCUAA